UUAUUCUCAAAAUCAAACGGUUUCAAAGAACGAAGGAAAGAUAAACGUCUUCUCGUUGUUUUUCUUUGUCAAUAUGUAAAUCACGAAAAAUAAACGGAAAACUAUAUUUGGCUGAAAUUUAAAUUGCGAGUCUUCUCCAUCCUCACAAAGUCGUAAAAGGAAUUUAGUGACUUUGUGUUUAUGUGUUUGUUCUUUUGAUCGUUGUAUGUUCAAGUGUUGUUCGAGAAUUUAUUCAGUUUUUUUGUAUACUUGAACAGCUUCGUCUUCUUCUUUACUUUGAAGUUUUUUUUAAUGACAAAAUUCAGUAAAAUGAAAUUUUAUUCAUGCAUUUGGAUUGGAUUCUUUUUCGUUUUAUUUAAUGGAACUUAUGCUUUUAACUCACCGGAAAAUUCUCCAUCAACUACAGUGAACGAGCACAAAGUCGUUGAAAAUGCAGAAAAAUCGUUGUCGAGACGGAAAAGAUAUCUUGCAUUUCCAGAAGGGGCAUCAUUAACGUUAGCCUUUUGCGAAACACUCGGCUUUGUUGGUACACCGGUGAGCAAAUGGUUGACCUAUCAACUCGAUUGGGGUGUUGUAUACGAUUUGCCUAACGAAACGUGGGUCAUUCAUCAGCGUCAUUACAAGCAGCCGAGACCGGUGGCUCUACGCAGAAAUCGUCGAGAUUUGUACGGAAAAUUGGAAACGGUCAUUGAUUCAAUGGGAUUCAAUGGACGCGAAUGCAUACUCCGGUCAUUGUGUGAAAGUAAGCAGUCUUUUGACAACAAGGAACCCAACAUGGUGGAGAAAUUGUUGAGCACGCUGUUCAGUCUACCUAAAUCCAAAGUGCUAUCCUUUGAGCACGACGACACUCGAGAAUACGAUCUGGCACAUCGGAGAGGUGAAGCAAAUAAACCUUGUGCUCUUGCUUAUCCCGACUGUAAUUUAUCAUUAAUUCGAAUGGCAUUGGGUGAAUAUUCACCGUCUAAUAGUAUUAUAUGAGGAGCAAUUAAAUGGAUUGGAA